GGUCUAAACACUAAUAGCAGCACCACGGCUCGGAGUCUCUGACCCGACCGCGCGGGGGGGCAUGUGAUGCGACGCAUGUGAACACCACCGGAACGAGACGGAAUCCCGAGCACCGCGCCUUUAAACCAACCGACGACAACCGCCCGCGCUCACCGUCCUCCCUCCCGGAGCUCCCCCUCUCCCCGUAGAAGUUUCAAUUCAAGUGUCAUCUCCCAAGCAAGCGCUCGCCGGCAGCGGCGGUCCACCACCGCCCACGUUCUCAGCACCUUAUAAAGCUUCCUUCCGCCUCACACCUGCUCGUCAAACUCAAACCCCCGAUCGUUGGACAAUGGCGAGCGCGCCCGCCGAGGUGCCGUCCCACUUCCUCUGCCCCAUCUCGCUGCAGCUCAUGCGCGACCCCGUCACGCUGCCCACCGGCAUCUCCUACGACCGCGCCGCCAUCUCACGCUGGCUCGCCGCGCCCGCGCCGGCCGGUGGCCGCACCUGCCCCGUCACGCGCGUGCCGCUCCCGCCGCAGCCGCCGCUCACGCCCAACCACACCCUGCGCCGCCUCAUCCACGCCUGGCUCGCGUCGCUCUCCCCCGGGGCGGAGGUCGACGAGGACGUGGCGGCGCUGCGGGCGCCCGCGUCCGGCGCCGAGGUGGCCGCGCUCCUGUCCGACGCCGCCGCGGCGCAGGUCGAGGCGCUCAAGAGGCUGCGGGAGCUGGUGGCCGAGUGCGAGGACAACCGCGCGGUGCUCGAGUCCCAGGAUGGGGUGUUCGAUGCGUUGUCUCGCGUCGUGAGCAGUGGCGAUGCGUGCUCGACGGCGCGCGAGGAGGCGGUCGGUGUCCUCGCAUCGCUCCGGAUCCCGGAGCCGGAGCUGGCCAGCGUCGUGGCCAGGUACAGCAACCUCGGGGAAGCACUCACGGCCGUGCUCCGGUCCUCCAACCUGAAAUCGCGCGCGAACGCUGUUCUGCUCGUGAGGUACCUCUCGGAAGCGGCCUGGCCGGCCUGGGUCAUCGGGCUGAGCCCGGAGCUUCUCGCCGAGGUGGUCCGCGUGCUCCGCGACCGCAUCUCAACACGGGCGACUAAGGCUGCGCUGCAAGCGCUCGCCGCGCUCUGCCCCUACGGCCGAACCCGUGUCAAGAUCGUUGGCGCGGGCGCGGUGCCGGCGCUCGUGGACCUCCUGCUCGACGACCCCGAGAGGCGCGUCUGCGAGCUCGCGCUGGCGGCGCUGGACCGGCUGUGCACGUGCGCCGAGGGCCGCGCCGAGCUGGUCGCGCACGCGGCUGGCCUGGCCGUGGUGGGCAAGAAGGUGCUGCGGGUGUCGGAUGUCGCCAGCGAGCGGGCGGUGCGCGUGCUGCGGUCCGUGGCGCGGCACGCGGCGACGCCCGCCGUGCUGCAGGAGAUGGCGCAGUCCGACGUCGUGGCCAAGCUGUGCGCGGCGCUGCGGUCGGAGCAGUGCGGGUUGAGGACCAAGGAGAAGGCGCACGAGGUGCUCAAGCUGCACGCCAGGACCUGGAGGACCUCGCCCUGCCUGUCUCCAAAAUUUUUGGGGCUCUACCCUUCGUGAUGAUUGGGGAAGGGACGUUUUCCUGUU